AUUUGGUUGUUAAGAAAGAAUGGUACGGAACGUUUCUUCUCUUUCGAGACGAGUUGCCUCGCUUCUCGCUCGUUCUUCACGUCAAAGUGAAGCUUCCAUCGGUUUGAAACAAGAACACUUCGUACGAGGCGUUCGAAGGGCUUCUACUCAGCAAGGCGGCUCAUCAGGUCCUACUAAAGCAGAGACUAACAAACCCAGUACAGCAAAUGCACCAAAGGCUUCAACCCCAGAGAAAACUACUUCUUCAAAAGCUAAAAGUCACGGUAAAGUCUCUCAGAUCAUAGGAGCAGUAGUGGAUGUGCAAUUUGAAGGAGACUUGCCUCCCAUCCUGAAUGCUCUUGAAGUAGAAGGACACGAUAUCAGAUUGGUAUUGGAAGUUUCUCAGCACUUGGGAGAGAACACUGUACGUUGCAUCGCUAUGGAUUCGACUGAAGGACUUGUGAGAGGUCAAAAAGUGGUGGAUACUGGAGAUCCCAUAAGGGUUCCGGUAGGUAGAGCAACUCUUGGAAGAAUUAUGAAUGUUAUCGGAGAGCCCAUUGACGAAAGGGGUCCAAUUGAAACCCAACAUUUCUAUCCUAUUCACAGAGAAGCCCCAAAGUUUACAGAGCAAUCAACUGAAGCCUCUAUUCUUCAAACUGGUAUUAAAGUAGUUGAUCUAUUGGCUCCUUAUGCAAGAGGAGGUAAAAUUGGACUAUUUGGAGGUGCGGGAGUAGGCAAAACAGUGUUUAUUAUGGAGCUAAUCAAUAAUAUUGCCAAAAAGCACGGUGGUUUCUCUGUAUUUACAGGAGUCGGUGAAAGAACUCGUGAAGGAAAUGAUCUUUAUCAUGAAAUGCUUACAAGUGGUGUUAUUCGAACAGAUGGUGGAGACUCUAAAGCUGCACUGGUAUAUGGUCAAAUGAAUGAACCUCCAGGAGCCCGUGCUCGUGUAGGAUUAACUGGACUUGCAGUUGCAGAAUAUUUCCGAGAUGAAGAAGGUCAAGAUGUGUUGUUAUUCAUUGAUAAUAUAUUCCGCUUUACACAGGCCAAUGCAGAAGUGUCCGCUUUGUUGGGACGUAUUCCGUCAGCUGUGGGUUAUCAGCCUACUUUGGCAACUGAUCUUGGUGGAUUACAAGAAAGAAUCACAACUACAAAGAAAGGAUCAAUUACUUCUGUCCAAGCUAUCUAUGUGCCAGCUGAUGACUUGACAGAUCCUGCUCCAGCAACUACUUUUGCUCACUUGGAUGCAACUACCGUGUUAUCUCGUCAAAUUGCAGAGUUGGGUAUAUAUCCAGCUGUAGAUCCACUGGACUCGACAAGUCGUAUGUUGGACGCAAGAAUCAUUGGAAAAGAACAUUAUGAUGUCGCUCGUGGAGUACAGAGAGUCUUGCAAGAUUAUAAGAACUUGCAAGAUAUUAUUGCCAUCUUGGGAAUGGAUGAGUUAUCUGAAGAUGAUAAAUUGACUGUUGCAAGAGCUAGAAAGAUUCAGCGUUUCUUAUCUCAGCCAUUCCAUGUUGCAGAAGUAUUUACAGGAUAUCCUGGCAAAUUUGUAGACUUGAAGGAUACUAUUGCAGGCUUCAAAGGAAUUUUGAACGGUGAAUAUGAUGAUCUUCCAGAAAAAGCAUUUUAUAUGCAAGGAAAUAUUGAUGAAGUGGUGGAGAAUGCUCGAAAGAUGGCAGCAGAAAUGGAAGAAGCUGCAUAAUAGUUACAAGAAAAGAAAGAGGAAUUUAUGUUUUGUGUUGGUUUGUAGUAAAUCUCCCUUUUUUAAC